GUGGGUGGCGUUCAAAAUGGCGGAGCGGGGCGGGCGAGGUACCAGCAGCGGCGGUGACAGCAGCCUGGACAAAAGCAUCACACUCCCGCCCGACGAGAUCUUCCGCAACCUGGAGAACGCCAAGUGCUUCGCAAUAGACAUCGGUGGGUCGUUAACCAAGUUGGCUUAUUAUUCAACUGUGCAGCAUAAAGUAGCAAGAGUGAGAUCUUUUGAUCAUUCCGGAAAGGACAUAGAACAUGCCAUCUCCAUAUGAAAUACAGUUCCAGAGAGAUCACAGCUGCGACGUGCACUUCAUCAAAUUUGAGAACACUUACAUUAAACCUGCUUAGAUUUUCAUUAAAGACCAAGCUUGUCAACACAGAAACUGAAAAGUGCUCAAAGCACAGGGGGUGGUGCCUACAAUUCAAAGACCUAUUGAAAGAAGAAGCUUGGACUGAAGUGGAAACAGGGGACAAAUUUGAAUGGAUUGGAGGGAGUUCAAUCGGAGGGGGAACUUUCUGGGGUCUCGGAGCUUUACUCACGAAAACAAAGAAAUUUGAUGAAUUGCUGCAGCUUGCUUCAAAGGGACAGCAUACAAAUGUUGACAUGCUGGUGAAAGAUGUGUAUGGUGGGGCCUACCAGACACUGGGGCUAAGUGGAAAUCUAAUAGCUAGCAGCUUUGGGAAAUCUGCCACAGCAGAUAAAGAAUUUUCUAAAGAUGAUAUGGCAAAGAGUUUACUGCACAUGAUCAGUAAUGAUAUUGGACAGCUUGCCUGCCUCUAUGCUAAACUCCAUAACCUACACAAAAUUUACUUUGGAGGAUUCUUUAUUCGGGGUCACCCAGUCACUAUGCGCACAAUCACCUACAGUAUUAACUUCUUCUCCAAGGGAGAGGUUCAGGCAUUGUUCCUGAGACAUGAAGGCUACCUGGGAGCCAUUGGGGCAUUUUUAAAAGGAGCUGAACAAGACAAUCCCAACGAGUACAGUUGGGGAGAGAAUUAUGCUGGGAGUUCUGGCCUUAUGAGCCCUUCACCCGAUCUCUGCCCCAUGCAACGUGCAAGGAGUGGCACGUUUGACAUGUUCGAAAUGGAUCGGUUGGAGCGACCGCUUGUUAACCUGCCCUUGCUAAAGGACCCAUCCACGUACAUCCCUGACACUGUUGACCUCACUGAUGAUGCCAUGGCCAGGAAAUAUUGGCUCACUUGCUUUGAGGAGGCUUUGGAUGGGGUAGUGAAACGUGCUAUGGCCAGUCAGCCAGACUCUAUUGAUGCAGCUGAACGAGCAGAAAAGUUCCGACAGAAGUAUUGGAAUAAGCUUCAGACACUCAGACAGCAGCCUUUUGCCUAUGGCACCUUAACAGUGAGAAGUUUGUUGGAUACAAGGGAGCAUUGUCUAAAUGAAUUCAGCUUUCCAGACCCCUAUUCAAAGGUAAAGCAGAAAGAAAAUGGCAUAGCGUUAAAAUGUUUUCCAAGCGUAAUCGAAUCUUUGGAUUCAUUAGGCUGGGAGGAGAGGCAGUUUGCUCUGGUGAAAGGACUUCUUGCGGGGAAUGUCUUUGACUGGGGAGCAAAAGCAGUCUCAGAAGUUCUGGAAUCUGAGCCACAAUUUGGAUUUGAAGAAGCCAAGGAAAAAUUGCAAGAGCGCCCAUGGCUAGAAGAUUCCUACAGUGAGUGGAUACAACGACUAAAGGAAGGUCCCCCUCAUAAAUGUGCCUUAAUUUUCGCAGAUAACAGUGGAAUAGACAUCAUUUUAGGAGUCUUCCCCUUUGUCAGAGAGCUACUCUCUAGAGGUUCAGAGGUUAUAUUGGCUUGUAACUCCGGCCCUGCAUUAAACGAUGUUACCUACAGUGAAUCCUUGAUUGUCACUGAGCGGAUAGCAGCAAUGGAUCCCAUUAUCCAAUCUGCGCUGAUGGAAGAGAGGCUGCUGUUGGUACAAACAGGUUCCAGUUCCCCAUGUUUAGAUCUGAGUCGGCUGGACAAAGGCCUGGCCCUGCUGGUCAGGGAGCGGAAGACUGACUUGGUUAUAAUUGAAGGGAUGGGCCGCGCUAUCCAUACGAAUUACUAUGCAGCUCUGCAGUGCGAGAGCCUCAAACUUGCAGUCAUCAAAAACUCUUGGUUGGCUGAUCGUCUGGGUGGGAAAAUCUUCAGUGUCAUCUUUAAGUAUGAAGUGCCACUCAAGUGACUGGGGCUGGAGGCCUGAAGCGUGGCAGCAAUGGACUUGCACUAGUUUUACUUUAAUUGUAAAGAAUGUAUUUUUAUUACGACAGGGAAAAUGAGUUCACAUGAAAUUCCAUAUUUAUAUUGUGCUUUGUGACUUAAAGCAACAAUAUUCAUUAUAUAAAAAAAAAAUACACCCAAAAUAUAUAUGUAUAUCACUCACUGUUUAUUUUGGUAAGUGUUUAUUUUAAUGCUGCAGUAUUUGUGAUGGAAAGACUUUAUUUUUUUGUUCUGUGAGACAUUCAUAUAGAAAUAUAUUUAAAUGUCUAUGAAAUCUUUUUAUAUAUCGCUGCUUACUAUGCCAGCAGUGACUUGGCACAUACCAAAUAGAGUUUUUAAAGUGCUGAAAGCGUUUGAUUUUGCACUUGAAUAUUUUAGUUCAUGAAAUAUUUCAGACCUGUCUAAAUUCUCUCUAGUUAAGCUAGGAAGAGACUUAACACUGCUUAGAGCUCGCAAGGGAGUAUUUCAGACACACAGGAACCUACUGACCUGAUCAUCAAUGAGAGUAGCAGAUGGGAGAGUUAUUGCUGCUAAGAUUUAUCCAACUGCUGCAGGGUGAAGUUAAAUUCCUGAAGCUUACCCACUUCUAUUCUUGGCUCUUAUAGUCUUCUGGAUCCCAGCUAAAUGUGGUAAGAAAAACCAGUCUCUUCAGCUAAAUUGUAUAAGUUUUUAGGACUGAACCAAAGCAAGCUAAAUUCCUCACCUAUACAGCUACUUACAUUACAGCAGGAAUUAAUCUGGAAUAAGGACUUCAAGAAUUCCUAUGUACUCACUUCUUCCAUUUGAUUUUCCUGUACCCUAAAGACAGAAUCAGCUAAUGAACAUUUAUCUACAUCUGGUCUGCUUGUUAAACUCUCCCUCGCAAUAAGGUAUUAGCCAAAUAUACACAUAUCCAUGCUAAACUACUUGGCUUUUAUUGAUCAGCUCAAAGUACUGUACCUAUACAACUAACAAGUGAUUUCAGGUCAUGCUCACAUUCAUUUCAGC